CAGUUCUCAACUUUUCAGCCGUGCCAUCCCGCAGUAGAGUUUCAAUCCUUCCCGUCGUGCGAAAAUAAAAACCCGUAAAACAAUCCGGGUUGGCCCGUGCAUUCGGUGUAGUGGACACUUCCGGACGUUUCCCCCUCAUCCUGAUUUCCCCGUUUCCUUUCCGGUUGCUGGUCGUGUGCUCCCUUGAGGGAAAUUUCCUUCAGAAGAAAGUGUUGCUUAAAAAGUUGCCGAGAAGAAGAAGAAAAGUGUGCACAGAUUUUUCGCACGGUUCCGCGCGGACAUGGCCAUGACAAUUCGCCGAGGCCAUCAGGACUAGAGGGUUUGUGUGUGUUUCCCCUCCCGUGCAAAGAAAAGCGAGUUUUCUUUUUUGGGUUUGUUCGGUUUUGUUGAGUUUGUUUACUCUUGAAAAUUUGCUGUGCUGAGAAGGAAGGUUCCGAUAGGAGAAACUGAGGAGUGGCAGGGCGGAAGGAGAGCGCAGACAUUUGCACACGAUCAUCCCUGGGGACGAGGACAGAGAGCCACCAUGGACGAAUCUUUCCUGAAGGAUUUGGAGACUGCGGCCCAUUUUAUUAUGGCCCCUCCCACCGUGGUCACCAAGGAGCAGCGCCAGCAGUCCGAGGCGAUCUUCAUGAACUUCCGCAAAACCAAAUCCCCGUACGUCUUGUGCCAGACCAUCCUGGAAAAGUCCGUCGUCGACCUCGUGCUCUUUGAAGCCGCCGACGUGCUCAAAAAGGCCGUGGUCGCCGAAUGGAAGUACAUUCCGGACCAGGACAAAGCCUCGCUGCGCCAGUACCUGCUUAACUACAUCAUUCAGCGGGACAUUCCGGUGUUUAUACGGGACAAGUUGCUGCAGGUGGUGGCGAUCAUGAUCAAGCGGGCGAGCUUGGAGGAUGUGGGCGUGGAGCGCGGCCAGAUCAUCGACGAGACGAAGAAGAUGAUGACGUCGGGGGACGUGAAGCAGCAGAUCUUGAGCUGUAGCAUAAUAUUGGCGAUUUUGGAGGAGUACUGUAACAUUGUCCGGUCGGACGACACCGGGUUGACCACGUACGAGCACUUCCGGGCGAAGAAGCAGUUUGAGGAUUCGGACCUGUUGAAGGUGUUCAUCAUGACGCUGCAGUCGAUGGAGGAGCUGAUCAAGGUGUUUGACGCGGGCAACUCGAUGCACCUGUAUCUGUUCAAGCAGAUGCUGUCGGUGAUGGAGACGAUCCUGACGUGGGGCUUUCUGCUGCCCAAGUUGCAGAUCGUUCGGGUGUUGCAGCCGUCGCUCUCGAAGAAGAUCAUCGACACGUCGGAAACGGUGACGAAGGCGUUGCACGCGCCUCCGCUGCGACUGCACGCCCAGUGGAAGAACGUGAUAUUCGAGCCGAAACUGUUGGAGAUCUUUUUCUUCAUUUACUGGAAGACCCGGGACAACGAGGAUCUUCAGCCGAAGGCGUUGAUUUGCAUUCUGCAGCUGUCGACGUUGAAGGGGCCGAUCAUCACCGAUAACAAGGAGGAAAGCAUGACCUAUUUGGUGAACUACCUGACGCACUUUCUGUCGAUGUUGUCCACAAUUGAAAUCAAGGAAAAGGAAGCGUACAGCUUCUCGCUGAUCUUGCGCAAACUGCUGCAGCUGCAGCCACGGGCGGAAAUUAAAGGACUGCCGAACUCCCUGUUCAACGCGUACAUGCAGCGCACGCUCACGAUGACGCUCAAGUUUAUCGAGCUGUCCGCGAUGGAGGAAGCGCUCUCCCCGGACGAAACGGUGUACAUCGACGCGCUCGGCAACCUGCUCGAGAUUUGGCUGUACAUCGUAAACGACAAGGAAAACUACCCGGUCGAGGUGAUGGUCCCGUUCGUGACGCAAAUGUUCGAAAAGUACGUCCAGUACCACCUGGCGGCGCCCGACGGAAUGCGGGGCGUCGGUCGGGACUCCGAGCUGAUUGACGAAAUCGCCGAGUUUGAAGAGUCCGACCGGGAGCGGUUCAAAGAGCAGCUGAUUAUAAUUGGGUACUUUGGACGGGAGAUUCUGGGACAUUCGUUGCCACUGCUGUCUAAGUUGUUGGAGGAUCGUACGAGGAAUUUGGGCACGCAGCUGCACCGGUUACACUCGACCAAGACGAUGGACGAGGCGGGGUCAAAGGCGUUGGUGAAUUUGUUCGAGGAUAUUCACUGGAUUCUGCUGGUUACGGGGCACGUGUUGGCGUUGGAGGCGGACGGCGAGUCGGCGAUGAUUCCGGGGGAGAUUCUGCAAAUGUGCAGCCAGCAGAUUGCGUCGAACGUGACGGACGUGAACAAUAGCUUGAAGUUGUUGGCGUCGCCUAAUCAGGACAUUCAGGAGAUUCCAAACGCGGAGAUGAACGCGGAUCCGGUGAUUCGGUUGAUCGCGGCCGGGUUUCGGUUGUGCGAGCUGGAGAAGAGUGCGAUCGAGGUGAGGAUGUAUCAGUUUUUGAGUCCGGAGUUGAGCACCACGUUGGUUUGGUUCAUGCGAAGGUGGAGCGAUGCGUACCUGAUGCCGUUGAACGAGGAUUCCGUGAGUAGCAUUUUCAAGGAGGCGUUUGGGUCGCGAACGCCCGGUUCGGUGUGGGUCAUCAACUACCUGCUGAACAAGAUCUGCCUCAACGCACAGUUCCUGCGGGCGGAGCAGUCCGUCAUUGAAGAAACGUGUGAUCUGUUCCUGGUGUUGCUGCGACGGCGAGAUCGCUGCCAAGCGAUCUUCAACUCGGAGUACUUCCGAUCGAUCUGCGACCUGAAAAGCGUUGACCUCCCGGUGGCGAUCAAGCGAAAGCUGUUGAAAGGGUUCGUGAUGGUGGCUUCCAGCGUGGAGAGUGACGAGUUGAGGCACGAAUACCUCGGGAAGAUCCUGCAACCGAUUGAAGACAAGUACAAAAUGUUGAUCUCACAUCAGAAUUUCCAGUCCGUGUACCAGAACGAAGAGGUGCAGCUGAAGGUGAUUGAAAUUCUGGAGGAACUGAUCGGGUGUGUGCAGGGCGCGUACCAGAACUCGAUCACGAUCAUCUUCUCCAAGAUCCAGAACAUCUGCAAGGAGCUGCCCACGUUUUUGGACCUGUACCACAACUAUACGACAAUCGUCGAGCUCAUCCUGGAGCUGGUGUGCGAGAUCGUGGCCAACAUCGGCAACGCGUCCUCGGAAAAGGUCAUCCGGACGGCCGUGCACGAGUGCUGCUUCUCGGUGAUCCGCGUCUACGUCAAAAACAACUCCAACCGCGUCUCGCUCGACACGGCCAAGAACGACUCCGACCCGCUCGAUCUGAUCCUGAUCCUGAAGCUGCUCAACUAUCUCACCUCCAAGUCGCUGUUUGCGGACGACUUUGCCGGCUCCGAGGACAGCAGCGCCCAGUCGGCGGAGAUUUGCAUCUUCGGGCUGACGCACAUCGUCCCGCUCAUUACCGUCGAUCUCAUCAAGUAUCCGGACUUGUGUCUGCAGUACUACAGCACGAUCACCUCGUUUAUCGAGGAGAAGUCGCAUGUGAUUCCCAGCCUCCACCCGGACCUCCUCAAGCAACUGCUCGGCUCGAUCGAGCUCGGCCUCAGCUCGUUCACGGCGGACAUCGAGAGCAAGUGUCUCGAGUUUCUGGAGAUCUACGCCAACGGCGUCUACUUCCACCAGGAUCCGUCCGCCCCGAUGGCCCAGCUGCUGCGGCCCUUCCUCAAGCUGAUGCUGGACAUGAUAUUCGGCCAGAAGAUCGACCUCAACAACACGAUGGACUGGUACCGGACGGUGUUUGUGGUGAUCUGCUGCUUCCCCGAGCACUUUAAGGAGCUGCUGCAGCACUUUUUGAGCGAGCAGUUUGCCGACGCGGAGCAGGGCGCCGGUAAGGAUGUGGCCGCGAGCAGCGUGUCGCUGGUGAACAACAUGGAGUUUGUGAACAAUCGGCUGGUCAAGUCCAAGUUUGUCGAUCGAUUUGAUAAGUUUGUUACGUUGGUGAGCACGAUGUACAAAAAGUAAAGGGCGGUGGAGCAUGAAUGGGGAAAUUUGAGGUUCCAUUUAAAUCAUUGAAGAUGAUCUUAUCACAAAAAUUGGCUUCAGGAUAACACAAAUUUGACAGUUUGGAACUCAACGUAACAAGAAGCCUAAAAAGCAUCAAAAACGGUAAAAUCUCAUCACGAGAAAAGACAUGCAGCAUGGAAAACACCAAGUGAAAAAAAAAACUGACCUAAACUGAUUCUAGAAGGAGCAAAGCUAACUGUGCAUAACAAUCGGUCGGAAUGUGUGUGUAACGAAAGAGAACGAAAUGUAAAGUUAUUUCUUUCUUUGUAAGAAAACAAGUUUGUUAAACGACAAAAAAAAUGAGCUGUUACUUAUUUGUGUUUGUUUGUUUGUUUUGUGUCUUUUUGUGAUCGUCUCUCUUUAAAUGUUGCCUUCGUUUUUCGAGACUUUUUCUGUAUCUAAAAAAAAACACGAUUUAGGUAGAAAUUUAAGCUCUCGUGUACUGCUGACACACACACUAAAUUAAACACACACAACUAGUGGUACUGAUAUUGUAGCUAGGACGGCGCGAACUUAGGCUAGGAUUUUCGAAUGGGCAUUUUGGAAAGAAAUGUGUACACUAGAGCUUUCUGUUUUUAGAUUCUUCCAUUAUUUUUUGUCUUUCUUAAAAAGGUAAACUCACCAAACUAACCGUUCUGUACAACUAAACUACAAUCAACCAGAUUUUAACAAAACAAAAAAAAUGCACACAGUGAGUGAAACAAAACUAGACUUUUCCCCCCGUUCUUUCUUACCAAAAAGGCAACGCACUUAAAACUGUUACAAUCACUAAUUACUACUACUACUACUACCACUAAAGUGAACAAAAUAACUAUUACAUUAGCCUGUCCCAUUUUGAGGUCAUGUCGAGGAAUUUCAGGUGCUCACUUCUUGAAUGGUAGAUUACGAUGUUAGGAACAAUGUUUUCUUAGACAAGAAAAAAUAAUAAAAUACUUUCUCGCACCCCCUAGUCGAUUUACUGAAAAAAGUCACUUUUUUGAACAAAUUUUCUAAAAUCGCUUGGAAUCAAUACAAAAACUGUUUCGAUCAGGUGUGUAUUAUCUUCAAACGAUAGGUUUUUGUCCAUAGAUUAAGAUGCACUAUCAAUAUUGGACCAAAAUUUAAGUUUUUAGACUCUCCCAGGCGGAUUUGUGUCGAAAAAAUCGCAUUUUUUCGAAACUUUUUUCAGAAAUGUUCAUUUAAUUUAGGGUAGCCCAUUUUUCCCAGUAAAACCAAUACAUGCAGCUUGUAGGAAAUUUUAUGGCGAACAUUUUUCCCUCUGAGAAAAUGCAAUUUUGACACUCCAGAGCCGAGAUAUUUGAGUUUUAGUGAGGAAAAAAGUGCCAAUUUUCAAAAUUUCUCAGAAUUCAGAAGCAAGGCCUACUAAUUACACGAUGUAGCAAGCAUAUGUCUCAAAGGUCAGGGUAUGCUUUUUUAUAGUAAUUUUGGCCGCUGAAUCCGAAUCUGAAAUCAAAUUUCGUGUAAACAGUGAUGUUUUGGAGCUACACCCUUUUGGAAUGUUAUUUGCGUGUUUAAGAGGCAGUUUUUGCAAAUAUUGAUCGGUUUGUUCUAGAGGUCGUAUCGAGGUGCUCCGAUUUGGAUGAAACUUUCAGCGUUUGUUUGUCUAUACAUGAGAUGAACUCAUGCCAAAUAUGAGCCCUCUACGACAAAGGGAAGUGGGGUAAAAAACAUAAAAAAUCUUAAAAUUAAAUUGCUCGCAUUUAAGUAAAACUUCAUCAAUUCCCACUCUCUUAGAUGCAUUCGAAAGGUCUUUUGAAGCACUUCAAAAUGAGCCAUAGACAUCCAGGAUUGGUUUAACUUUUCUCAUAGCUUUUGCAAAUUACUGUUAAAUUUUUUUGCAGCAACCUCCAACACCCAUACUCUUUUAGUUCAAAAGUUAGGGAAUUUCAUGGACUAUAAGCCCACGGUAAUAACUUUUUGGCCAAUCGCAGUUUUUCUCAUAGUUUUUCGAUUUUUCUAUAACAAACAUUUUACAACGUUAGUUAUUGUCCUGUAGGCAUCCAUAGCGGCUUUUUUUAGUCCCACUUUUGUCAUAUUCGAAAUCCUCGGAAAAUUCAAACUACAAUGCCCGUUUUACCCCACUUCCCUUUGUCAUAGAGGGCUCAUAUUUGGCAUGAGUUCAUCUCAUGUAUAGACAAACAAACGCUGAAAGUUUCAUCCAAAUCGGAGCAUCUCGAUACGACCUCUAGAACAAACCGAGCAAUAUUUACUAAAACUGCCUCUUAAACACGCAAAUAACAUUCCAAAAGGGUGUAGCUCCAAAACAUCACUGUUUACACGAAAUUUGAUUUCAGAUUCGGAUUCAGCGGCCAAAAUUACUAUAAAAAAGCAUACCCUGACCUUUGAGACAUACGCUUGCUACAUCGUGUAAUUAGUAGGCCUUGCUUCUGAAUUCUGAGAAAUUUUGAAAAUUGGCACUUUUUUCCUCACUAAAACUCAAAUAUCUCGGCUCUGGAGUGUCGAAAUUGCAUUUUCUCAGAGGGAAAAAUGUUCGCCAUAAAAUUUCCUACAAGCUGCAUGUAUUGGUUUUACUGGGAAAAAUGGGCUACCCUAAAUUAAAUGAACAUUUCUGAAAAAAGUUUCGAAAAAAUGCGAUUUUUUCGACACAAAUCCGCCUGGGAGAGUCCAAAAACUUAAAUUUUGGUCCAAUAUUGAUAGUGCAUCUUAAUCUAUGGACAAAAACCUAUCGUUUGAAGAUAAUACACACCUGAUCGAAACAGUGUUUGUAUUGAUUCCAAGCGAUUUUAGAAAAUUUGUUCAAAAAAGUGACUUUUUUCAGUAAAUCGACUAGGGGGUGCGAGAAAGUAUUUUAUUAUUUUUUCUUGUCUAAGAAAACAUUGUUCCUAACAUCAUAAUCUACCAUUUAAGAAGUGAGCACCUGAAAUUCCUCGACAUGACCACAAAAUGGGACAGGCUACUAUUACAUAGCUUAAAGAAGAAGAGACAACAAAUCAAACUUUUAGAAAGCCAUCCAAUUUUAUGAUGCAGCUCGGUUGUGGAAUUACGCUCAUUCAGCAAACAUUGAUGGCCUCUUCAUCACUCUCUAUAUUUUUUUUUCUGAUUGACCUGUCAAAUUGUUUAAAAAUGAACUUAUCAAAACUAUUAGAACUUUGUCCCAAUUGAAAUAACAAGAAUUUAAGUUUAGUUAUGUGACAACUAUUACUACUACAUACAAGUAAUUUUUUUUCUUGUUUUUUGAAGGGAAACAACUGAAACGAACAUUCUCUUAGAAUAGCUAUUUGACUGGAAAGCGGUAGAAAAAAAAGUUGUUAACGAUAUUUUAUCGAUGAUAGAUAACGAUAUAAGCGAUUAUUCUAUUGGAGAUCAUUUUUGAAAUUCAUUAAAAUAAACUUAUUAAUUCUAAUAUUUCAAGUUUGGUAUGCAUUUUAUCAACAUUAUAUUUUUUAUUUAAAUGAUCUAAAAUUAUCGCAAAAAACUUAUUUUUUUAUUAUUACGCCACAUCUUGAAUGAUUUUUUUGUAAUAUUUAAGUUUUUCUGGGUCAAUUUUUAUAAUUUUGUGUGAGCAUAAUUUUUUAACUUCUCUUAUUUUAUUAAUUUGGAACAUGUCAAAUGAAGUUAUUUUGAAAUAUUUUAAAAUAAUUUGUUGGCUGUUUUCAGUGACAUUUUUGUAAUUGUUUGCUCUACAAAAUUGUAGAAAAUUGUUGCAUCUUCAAAAAAACCUUGCAAUUUUUGUUCUAAAUGAUAAAAAUAACUUUCUGGAUUUUUGCCAUUUACCAUAAAAUGACACGUUCCAUUUUUUUUUUACAUUUGAGUAACAAAAAAUGGCAGAGGUUUUAAACUUUUGAAAUAUAUGUUUUUAGGAAUUUUGAAUACACCAUGAAAUUUGGCAUCCAAUUUUACAUAAAAGUCCCAUUGAUACCAACUUUUCUAAAAUAUCACCAUUUAAAAUAUAAAUCGCGUCUUUUUUAAAAUGUCUUGAAAAUCCAUUCAAAAUUAAUUUCCAAACCAAUAAAAUUUCACUUUUAUCCAAGCUUUUAUCACUAUUUUACCAAAUUAUUCCCAAAAUAUUGUGUUGAUUGACACACAUAUUGCAAGUUAUAAAAAAAUAUUCUAUUGAAAAUACGGUAUUUAAAGGAUUUUUUUGCAAUCCCGUCGUGAAACUACUUACUUUUCCUGUCAUUCUUGAACGACGAAAUAGCCUACUUUUCUGUACCAAAAAUAACAGAAUCGAAUAGCAACACUUUUCAAAAUAAAUGCUGAAAAGUUCUACUUUUCAGCACUGAAGUGGGUGCUGAAAAGUUGAACUUUUCAGCACUUGUUUCGAAAAGUAACACUUUUCAACAUUUUUUUGAUUUAAACGAUUUAUUGACAAAAUACAUGAAAAUUCGACUUAAAAUUUCACUCAAUGGGUGUUUUUCGAAAUUGCAAAAAAUGUUGUAUGGAACUCGUUGCAAAACUUGAUUUUUUCAGCACUCGUCGUAUUUAUCCAACUCGGUGAACCUCGUUGGAUAAAUGUACGACUCGUGCUGAAAAAAUCCUCUUUUUGCAACUUGUUGCAUAAACUACUAUUAUGUAACACCAAAGACUCAUUUGGCGAAAAUCCAUUUUCAUUUCGUUUGUCACUCAUAUUAAAUUGUAAAAAAUGCAGUAUUUUGAGAGUUUUUUGAGUUAUUUCAAACAUACUAAAUUUUGCAAAAAAUGAUUAGGGGCCAUCCGUAAACUAAGUUCUUUGGAAAACCGUCAAUCGCUUCUUUACAUGUGGUUUGUGAAUGCCUUUUGUAAAUGUUUUAAAUGUUUAAGAGGAGUUUAUUUAAAUAAAUUCGUUUUUCAUUCUUGAUUUAAAUAAAUCGUCGAAAAUUUUCCUCAAUAUAGUCGAAAAUUGAUAACAAUGACGAUAGCAUUAUAUCGUUAUCUUCGGACGAUAACUUUAUCGUUUAACAACGUUGAUAGAAAACAGUAAAGCUCGGCAAAGACAAAAUUUGCUCUAUUCCAAAAUUGGCAAAAUUUCAAAACAAAAUCGUCUCUUUUUCAUGCGAAAUCAAACAAGAGGGAGAGAGAAAGAGAGAGAGAGAGCGAAACUGCUCGAAACGCGUCCUUUUCUCUCUGCUUUCCAAAACAUUUGCGUUUUGACAGCUUCGUCGCUCUCUAUCAGAAAACGUUCGCACGAAGGAGAGAACAAAGAGGACAACACAAAUGCGAUUUUGCCGGAGCGAGAGAGCUUUUUCGCUGCAGAUUUGCUAGAAUUUUGCGAUUCGGGGUAGAAUAGGCGAACAAAAAGAAGAAGCAAAAAAACAAAACUAAUUAAACCUAAACUAUACGGGGGCAAAUCGUAGAUAAAAAAAAACCAAGAUGUUUUGAGGUCGAUUUUUACACGCACUUUUUGCAUGAAUUUUUAUUCUUAGUAUCACAAUAAACACACGGAAAAAAAGAAGCGCGGCAUUGGACAAGAAAAAAAACAUAACUAUAUAUUUAUACAUGAGUAAAGGCACUUUUUGUGAAAAGAAACGUUGCCAAUAUUGGCAUCAAAGUGCGAUCGAAAGAAAGUGCGAACAAAUUGGAACUUUGUAACGAAGAUUUUUUCUUUUGUAAACGAACCUUUAUUGCCGGUAAAAUAUUAAUUUCGUACAUUUUUUGCUCGCUUCGCUGUUGAAGAAUCAAACAUGAAAUCGUGACGCUAUAUUUGUAGUGAAAUAUAUAUUAUAUAUUUAUUGUAAGAUCGACUUAAGUGUUGCUAUUUAUAGGAUCAGAUUUUUUACGCGCUUCGAUUCGUGGUUCGUUUUUUGGACACACCAUUUUACUAUACAUUUAUUGGUAGACAUCUUUCACGGAUAGUCGCGCAGCCAUUUUUCCUCUACAUUUAAAACGUCUUUUUCUUGUUAUUUAAAACCUCACAAAGUAAGCAAAACAAACUGUAAUACAUCUCAUAUAUUUGUAUAGAGCAGAACAAACUAACGCAUAUUUAUCGAAUCGUUCCCUUUUUAAUUCGUGUAAAUACCAUAAAAAAACUCUUUGAAAGCCAUACGAUAUGUGUUUUAGUUGAAUCAUGUAGUUUUAAGCUGGAAACAGAAUACCAUCCCAAGAUAAACAUAUAUAAAUUGCAUAAACAAAACUCAAAGUUGAACCCCGUUUGUUGGACACGAUUACAAAUAAAAAAUAGUUUUUGGAACGAAACAAAUUUUUUGCACCUUUCUACACAGUAAAACAAACUUGAACAAUCCCUACACAUACACAAGUACACGACGUUUCCUCUCUGUCUGAUAGCAGUAGUUUUUAAAAAUUCACAAAUUAAAAACUCAGAUCUGAGCAAAAUCGGCACACUCACACAACCACUUGGAGUAAAUAUAAGCACACAAUAUAAAAUACACACCCACACAUUUUGGAAACAAGUUACAAAUUGUAAAACAUUGGAAAAUCAUUUCUUCCCUCUCCCUAAGAAAAAAAAAACGAAAAGUACAUGAAUGAGACACAAACACACCUAUAAAGUGUAUAAAAACAGUCAUCCUCGACGUAAAGACAGCAAAAUAACACUGAAAAAAAAAAUCAAAGAUAUUAAGUUAAGAGUGGCAACUUGAGAUCGCAUUUUUUCGUGAAGAAGAAAAAAAAAAUAAAC